AUGGGAAAGUGUGUUGAAUGCGGUUUCUCUUGUUGUGUGCACCGUUUCUUCUCUGGGUAUGUUCCUCUCUUCUUCUUCUUCCUUCUUCUUGUGUUGGUGUUGAAUGUGAAUGGAAAGGGUUCGGGGCAGUGCGAUUUCUUCACGGGUCAAUGGGUCAUGGAUGAUUCGUACCCGCUUUAUCAACCCGCGACGUGUCCUUUUAUAGAGCGCGAGUUCAGGUGCGAAGCAAAUGGACGCCCUGAUCUGAUUUACACCCACUACAGAUGGCGCCCACUUGCUUGCAAUUUACUCAGGUUUAAUGGGCGAGAUUUUCUUGAGAGGAUGAGGGGGAAGAGCAUCAUGUUCGUGGGUGAUUCACUCAGCAGAAAUCAGUGGCAGUCUCUGACUUGCUUGCUUCACUCAGCAGUGCCCAAUUCCAAUUAUACUUUGGCAAGAGUUGGAGAUGUUUCUAUAUUUACAUUUAUGGAAUAUAAAGUCAAAGUGAUGCUAGAUAGGAACGUGUAUCUAGUAGAUGUUGUCCGAGAGGAUAUGGGUAGGGUAUUGAAGCUUGAUUCAAUAGAAGGAAGCAAAUUGUGGAAAGGGGUUGACAUGCUUAUCUUUAACACAUGGCACUGGUGGUACCGUAGAGGACCCACUCAACCAUGGGAUUAUAUCCAAGUGGGAAGUGAAGUUAUGAAAGACAUGGAUCGGAUGAAGGCUUUUGAAAUAGCACUAACGACAUGGGCUGCGUGGGUAGACGCUAAUAUCGACCCUACAAGAGUGAAGGUCUUCUUUCAAGGGAUUUCACCAUCUCACUAUAAUGGUAGCCUAUGGAAUGAACCAAGCGCAAAGAGCUGUCUCCGGCAGAAGACACCGGUGGCUGGAUCAACGUAUCCCGGGGGAUUGCCACCGGCUGUGGCGGUGUUGAAGAGUGUGCUGAGCACAAUUAAGAAACCGGUCACAUUACUUGACAUCACAACCCUCUCACUAUUACGAAAAGAUGGACAUCCUUCAAUUUAUGGACUUAAUGGACCAACGGGAAUGGACUGCAGCCAUUGGUGUCUUUCUGGUGUUCCAGAUACUUGGAACGAGAUACUAUACAAUCUUAUUUGACGGACAAUACUUUGUUCAUGAU